AUGGCCUCAACCCUGGUGAGGCAAUUUCUUGCACAGCAAGAAAAGAACCCGAGAGCCGCUGAUCAUUGCCACAAGGAUGACGAAAUAUGUCGCAUGGAAGGGAAAAACGCGACAUGUUGCAACAACAAGUGUAUGGACUUGGCAUACGAUAAGGAUAAUUGUGGAGCUUGCAAGAGGAAAUGUGCUAUCACUGAGGUAUGCUGUGGAGGGGAAUGUUUGAAUCUUUCGUAUGAUAAAAGGCACUGCGGUUCUUGUAAUAACAAAUGCAUGCCUGGCGGAUAUUGUAUAUAUGGCAUGUGUGAUUAUGCCUAA